AUAUCUCUCAAGGCUCCGUUCCGCCUCGGCUACGUAUUUUCCACCCAUCUCCAUCUAGCAGCAACCAGACAACCAACCACAUCCACAAAUCAAGCCAGUCCGCCCUAUACCACUAAAAAUAGAGAUAUCUCCUACAAUGGCUAUCAAGUCAAUCUUUGCCCGUCAGAUCUUUGACUCCCGAGGAAAUCCUACAGUUGAGGUCGAUCUCACUACCGAGAAAGGUACCUUCCGUGCUGGCGUUCCCUCGGGGGCCUCAACCGGUGUUCAUGAGGCCGUUGAGCUCAGAGACGGUGACAAGUCCCAAUACCUCGGAAAAGGUGUCCUCAAGGCCGUCGAUCAUGUCAACAACAUCAUUGCCUCCCAGUUGAUCAGCUCCGGUCUAGCUGUCACUGACCAGAAGGCCGUUGAUGACUUCCUCAUCAAGCUCGACGGGACCGCUAACAAGGGUAAACUCGGAGCCAACGCCAUCCUUGGAGUCAGUAUGGCUAUUGCCAAGGCUGGUGCAGCCGAAAAGGGAAUUCCACUCUACGCUCACAUCGCACAAUUGGCUGGUACCAAGACCCCAUAUGUUCUCCCGCUCCCAUGCAUGAACGUCAUCAACGGUGGAUCCCAUGCUGGGAACGCCUUGGCCUUCCAAGAGUUCAUGAUCCUCCCCACCGGUGCCACCUCCUUCCAACAUGCCAUGAAGAUGGGCACAGAGACUUACCAUGCUCUCAAGAGCGUCAUCAAGACCAAGUACGGGAUUGAUGCAACCAACGUUGGUGACGAAGGUGGCUUUGCCCCUAACGUCCAAGGCGCUGAAGAAUCUCUGGAAAUCUUGACCGAAGCGAUCAAGAAAGCUGGUUAUGAAGGCCAGGUCAAGAUUGCUCUUGAUGUUGCUUCAUCGGAAUUUUACAAGGAUGGUAAAUAUGAUCUCGACUUCAAGAACCCCAAAUCUGACCCAUCCAAAUGGUUGACGGGAGUUGAACUCUCUGAAACUUACAUCAAGAUGAUCAAGAAGUACGGAAUCGUGUCGAUUGAAGAUCCAUUUGACCAAGAUGAUUGGGAGGCUUGGCAACACUUCACCAAGAAUGCUGGCAUUCAGAUCGUUGGUGAUGACUUGACUGUCACCAACCCUCUUCGUAUCAAGACCGCUAUCGAGAAGAAGGCCUGCAACGGUCUUUUACUGAAAGUCAACCAAAUCGGUACGAUCACCGAGUCGAUCGAAGCCGCACGACUUGCUCAGUCCGAUGGAUGGGGUGUUAUGGUCUCUCACAGAUCCGGGGAGACUGAAGAUACCACCAUCGCCGACAUCACCGUUGGUCUCGGUGUUGGUCAGAUCAAGACUGGUGCACCUGCCCGGUCGGAGCGAGUUGCCAAAUACAACGCCUUGCUCCGUAUCUCUGACGAGAUCACACAAUCAGGCCAAUCGGUGGUCUACGCCAGUGACAAGGGUUUGAGCGUUGGAACGACUGCCCCAGCUCUUCUCAAGUAGACCCCGACUGAUGAUCCUGUCGUCCGGAUGGAAACCAUACGCACAUGCUUCUCCACAAAUGUCGCCUCUCGUGUUCCUUCAUGGGAUGUUUCCAAACAAAAACAAAAACUUGUUUUAAAUUGUAAAACUCUCCAAAAAAAAAAACAUAUAUCAAACCCUAGAUAUCUACUUUUGCCGUGCCGAAUGAAUCCGCAACUGCUCGAUCUUGUUCAGUCUUGAAUAUUCUUCCUCGUCAACUCGAAAAUCUGCCGAGUAACAUGAGCAAGGAGAUGAUGCACUCCGGAGAGUCGGGACUGUGCAAGGAUCUGAAAGCUCACGGGUCUAAAAGCAGCAUGCUGGAAGGAAGAUCCCUCAGCUAAGAUUAUUUGAGGGGAGCAUAUUAUGAUGAUUAUAAUACAUGUAUUUUGCACUUCAGACUACGGGGCAGUGAUCAAAUGGGGAAUGCUGGUUGGAAUAGAACAUCUGUUUGUCCAGGGUCUAUACAUAUGGGUGUCUGUGGAUAUACCAGUUCAAAGUCCGGUGCUCAUGUUCAUGCUCAAUGUAUGUAGAAUCAAAAGUUACUAAUCAUCAGGUGCAGGCAGACAACAAGCGCAAAACUUCAAGAACUACUACCAAAAAGGACAUUCAUUCAUCAAGAACAACCAAGGAAUUGAGG